UUAAAAGUAGACCUCAGUUUGCUUUAAUGGCUAAUUCCGCCCUUCGUUGCAAGCACUUCAUUCGUAUGGUUGCUACGCUUCCCUUUCUUCUCGCACUUGCAUUCAUCUUCUUCACACCUGCAACUGCACAAAGACAGAUCAACAUAACCCUCGGUGCUUCUCUCGCACCCAACACCACCACCUUCAACUCCUUCUGGCUCUCGCCUUCCGGUGCCUUCGCGUUCGGGUUCUAUCAGCGGGGCGACGGUUAUGCGGUCGGGGUUUUCCUUCCACGAACUCCGCGUAAAACCAUAGUCUGGACCGCUAACCGAGACUAUCCUCCGGUCCCACGAAAUUCCACCCUACGUUUCACCAGCGACGGGAGACUUGUCCUGCAGUCUUCAGAAGCGCAAGAGACGUUUGUUGCCAUUCCGAGGGAGACUGCGGUCUCAGCUUCUAUGCUCGACACUGGCAAUUUCGUUCUGUAUAACUCAAGGCGGGACGUCAUAUGGCAGACUUUUGAUUUGCCGACUGACACCCUCUUGGCAGGCCAGCAUUUAUCACCAAGCCAACAGUUGUGCUCGAGCGCUUCCGAGAGCGACCAAUCGACUGGUUUGUUUCGCCUCAAAAUGCAAAAGGAUGGAAACCUCGUGCAGUAUCCUGUAGCUACUCCAGAGACGGGCGAGCACGCUUACUGGGCAUCUGGCACCGCCGGAGUCGGUGACAAUGUGACACUAUAUCUCGAUAAUGACGGUUCUCUCUACCUGUUGAACGCAACAGGUACAUAUGUGAACAAUAUCACCGCAAGUAGAGGACCUCCAAAAGAAGGAAUAAUCUACCUUUUGAGAAUCGACCCAGAUGGGAUCUUGCGACUGUACUUGUACAACGCGACCCAGAAUGCGGAUUUGUCAAAAAUAUGGUCGCUUUCUGACAACAAAUGUAUGCCCAAGGGCUUAUGCGGGCUCAACGGGUUUUGCGCCAUGAAUGAUCAAAAUCUCGAGUGCAAGUGUCUUCCAGGAUUCGGAUAUGUGAACCCGGGGAACUGGACAUCUGGGUGCGAGAGGAACUUCACUGCAGAUAGCUGCACGAGAGCAGACGCAGCCCCCAGGUACACUAUUCGACCGGUCUCUAACACUGUAUGGGAGGAUACUGCGUAUGCUGAUCUUACCUUUUCUACCAACGAAGAAUGUCAAAAGGCAUGCUUGCAGGAUUGCAAUUGCGAAGCAGUGAUAUACAAUGCCCAAUCCUGCAAAAAGAUGAGGCUUCCUUUGAAAUAUGGCAGGAGAGACCUCACUAAUGCAAACAUACUCUCCAUCAAGGUAGGGAGACUGGAUCUAUGGGACUGGAGCGAAUGGCUUCAAGCCGGAGGAAAGAAAAGGCCUUCUCGGAGAGACAUUCUGAUUGCAGUUGCAUCAUCGAUUGCUUUUGCAAUAGUGAUGUUGGCGGUGUCUGUAAUUAUUGUUCACAGGAAUCGUGUCUGGGUUUACGAAAGGUCUCCAAAGGAGGGAUUUCUCACAACAAUUGAAGAUGUUGCUCCUACAUCGUAUACUUUUGAAAACCUGACGAAAGUGACUGGAAAUUUUUCGGAAGAGAUUGAGGGAGCAUUCGGAACAGUCUACAAAGGCACGCUGAUGAAGAAUCAGCACAGCAGCAAAGCUGUAGCUGUUAAGAAGCUAAAAGAGAUCUCCUCUGAUGGGGAAAGGGAGUUCCUAGCUGAGGUGAAAACUAUUGGAAAGACUCAUCACCGGAAUUUGGUCCGACUGCUAGGUUACUGUCACGAUGGAGAGAAUAGGCUCUUGGUGUAUGAGUACAUGAGCAAUGGGUCACUUGCCGAUGUACUCUUUAAAGCCGAACACCAAGCCAGUUGGGAAGUCAAAAUGGGAAUAGCUCAGAAUGUUGCCAGAGGGCUUCUUUAUCUACAUGAAGAGUGCGAGACGCAGAUCAUUCAUUGUGACAUAAAGCCUCAGAACAUAUUGAUAGAUGACAACAUGCAAGCGAAGAUUGCUGAUUUUGGGCUGUCGAAACUGCUGAAGCCAGAUCAGACCAAUACCACAACAAUGAUAAGGGGUACAAGAGGUUAUGUUGCGCCAGAGUGGCACAAGCAACUGCCGGUGACAGUGAAAGCGGACACUUACAGCUUCGGUGUUGUGCUGUUGGAGAUCAUUUGUGGCCGAAGGUGUGUGGAUUCGAGCCUUCCCGAGGAGGAAGCCAUUCUCGAGGAUUGGGUUUACCACUGCUUCGAGGCUGGUGAGCUGGACAAACUGGUGCAUUAUCAAACUAUUGACCAAAAACAAUUGGAGAGGAUGGUUAAGGUUGCACUUUGGUGUAUCCGAGAAGAGCCAGCUCUUCGUCCUUCGAUGAGAAAGGUGCUGCUGAUGCUUGAAGGCACGGUCGACAUUCCAAUCCCUCCCUGUCUUACUUCCUUCCCCAGUGUUAUCUAAAUCAUCUUCGCAAUUGCAAUUAUCGCCACCAAAACCUGCUCGAUUUAGAGUGAAAUUGAGCUGUUUCUACUAUAUGUUUUUAUGUUUAUCCGUGCAAAGUGCA